AGAACAAUGUUUUGAAUCCAGUCAGUAAGAUCCACACAGUGUUGCUCUGUGCAGAGGAUCAAGUGUAUGUGACAGAAACGAUAGUUUCUCUCGGGUGCCUGGGACAGGAUAUUUUCCUGAGUCUUAGUCCCAGGUCAGUGCAGUUCUGCUCAGUUAGCACACCCUCCUCUGCUUGCCUCCUUAUGUUUAGUAUGAUUUUCAUCAAAUAAUCCCCCCUAUCCCAGUGUCACUGAAGUAAUUCUGUUUUGCACAUUCUUUCCUUUACUCCCUCCAAAUUACUGUGUGACAAAUGUCAGGCAGUGUCUUGUCAGUGUGUUCCUAAAUUAGGAUUUCUAAAAUCUAGUUUUGGAUUUUAUUCUUUUUACAUUUCUCUCAACAUUGAUCUCAAAAAUCUCUCUCCACUCUCUUUCUCUCUCUCUGCAAUUAGUUACUAUUUCUUUCUUAGGUAACAGAAAAAAAAAAAAAAAAAAAAAAAAAAAAAAAAAAAAAGGAAAGAUCUAGGUGGAGUGCUUUUAAAAAUAGAGAUUUUAGGAGGAGUUCCAGUUCUGGCAUAGAGGAAACAAACCUGACUAGUAACCAUGAGGUUCUGGGUUUGAUCCAUGGCCCUGCUCAGUGGGUUAAGGAUCCAGCGUUGCCGUGACCUGUGGUGUAGUUCACAGAGGCAGCUCGGAUCUGGCGUUGCUGUGGCUGUGGUGCAGGCUGGCAGCUGUAGCUCCGAUUGGACCCCUGGCCUGGGAAUCUCCAUAUGCCAUGGGUGUAGCCCUAAAAAGACCAACAACAACAACAACAAAAACCAGAGAUUUUAAGCCUAGAAAUUGACUAGAAAUGGACUAGAAAUUGAAGAUCAUUGCAAAUCAUACAUCGGUAUGGGCUUUUCCAGAAAGAGGUGCAUGCUAACUUGCUUCCUAACUGCUCUUAACAGAUGUAUGCUCCCUGGACUUUCCUGGGAAUAUUUUCUGAGGUCCCAGGAGAGGCUUUAUGUGUUGAGGUUGAAAAAUGCUUGUGAGUCUGUGAGAGGGUGCGGUGGGGAAAACUGGGGAGACACUGAGGUGGCAGUUAGGUUUUCUCCCUCCUGUGUGUUUAGCGUGCCAUCUAGUGGCUGAUGCUUACAGGAGGGAAGAAAGUCUGAGUCCCCCCAGGAAGACACAGGUCAGGAUUGGGCUGGCUUUCCCCGUACAAUCCAGGUUGCUAAAGUGACUUGAUUUCAACUUUACCAUUGCAUAGAUGACGAAUGUUAUGCACAUUCUGUGUAGGUUAGUGGAAGCCAUGGGAUAUUCAAGAAAAAGAAUAAAAGACUUUAAGGACCUAUUAAGAAAGGCAAAAAGGAUGGUUACACAAUUAUUCCAGAAUGAAGGACUCUAAAAGUACAAGUGCUCUGGCUAAGCAAAUAAAUGAAACUCUUUUAUGAAUUGGGGAACACAAAAAGAAAUUGAAGAAAAAGGAAAAAGAGAAGGCAGAAGGCAUGGGAAGAAAAUGAUGGGGGGGGACAGUUUAAUACAAUGCUUUGUAGACACCUGGGUUCAAAUUUCAGAGCCACCUCUUAGCAUCUGUGCAACAGUAGGCAAUACUUCCGUUCAUUCAGUCUCAGGUUGUUUAUCUGUAAAAUGAGGACCAUCCCAUCUAUCUGUUAGGGAUGCUGUGAGGGUUAAAGACUACAUGAAAGUGUCAAGCCCAGAGCCUCACGUGAAAGUGCUCAAUAAAUGGUAGUUGUUGUUAGCAGGGAGAGGCGCAAAGAAGGAAGGGAGGCAGGCCAGUAGGGGACUGUGUGGAACACAUGAUGAUUCGAGAAAGAAAAUCACAUCCAAGACUGUCCAAUUUAGCACAGGGCAUUUGAUCAACUUAACAGGUGAAUCCCAGGAAAGAGGAAAUCUCUAACUCCACUGGACAGAGGAUUUCAGCCUGAAGCCCACCUUUGUUCUGUGCUCAUGGGUGUCUGAGAGGGCUCCACAGGAAGGCCUUUUCCUUGGCACCCUUUGGUCUUCAUGCUGUGGUCUGAGAACCUGACAGUCAACCCCUCCAGGUGGUCAAUUCACUGCUGGGAGCUUAUGUGAAGGAAAAGUAAAUGACCAGUCUGAGGUGGGGCUGAUCAAAAGGAGUAACUAGGCACCAUGUUUUAUCCAGAGACAGUAGCCACUGAUACAGCCUAGCUUAUAGGGAUCCUUCUGAAAACCCUGGGUCACCAAUCUCUAUGGCAGUUAAUACUGCUUGAAUGCACUUGGAGAGGCUGGAAGAAAUAUCUACAUAACCCAAGGCACCUUUCCUCCCCACUAAAAGCUGAAUCCUCAUGGCAGAUCCAGGAGGCAUACUCACAGAGCUGCCUCAUUCUCUCCUUUGGGAUCUGACAUGGUUACUUCUAAGGACUGCCUAAAACCCUCUGGACACGCAAAGCCUCUGGAGAGCAAGAUAUUGCAACACACACACAUGCACACACACUCAUGCAUACACACUUGUGUCCUCUGAGGAAGCUCUCGGCCUACCUUCUCUAGCCUGAACCCAGAACUGGAGGUCAUAAUAGCCUUUCCCUGUGUAAUGGCUGACCACAAUCUCAGGAGAACAGCAGCCACUGCCUGCAUUUCUAACCUUUUACCAGCUUCCUUUCAUGCCAAGUAGAAACUAGGAACAAGAACACAGUAAUACGAUCUCCAAUUAGCAUAAAAUAAAAACAACACCAGCCAUGUUUUCCAUGGACUUUUCCAACCUCAAACUAAACUCAUGAAGCAGGGAGAAAGAGAUAAAAAUAUACCCAUGGAACUAAUAUAUAUAUACUGUCGUUGUACGUACAGCCAAGCACUCUGAGCCAAAUGAGUAUCUGUCACUAGGAAAACCAAGCAGUCAGAUGUAGAAAUCUGAGAAUUUUCCCUUUUCCAAAGUGCAGUGUAAGUACAAACAGGAAGGGACAGUGUCCUGAUGACUCGGUGGGGAAGGGGUUAAGUCCUCAGCCAUCCAGUUCUUAAGUGAUUUAUGAUGAUGUGCAAUGUUUCAAAACUUUCCCCUACCCCAAAGAACAGCCCCCUCCCCUACACCCCCUCCCCAGUCCAGGCUCACCGCUCACCGUGCUGAAAUGGGAAGGAGGCGGUGUUUUGCUGAUCUGUUAAAUUCUUAGUGAAGUUUCCUUGAUUUCCAGUGGCUGCUGUUGUUUGAGUUUGGUUUGGAUCAAAACUGAGGUUGUCCUGGCAUUUCUGGGAUUGAAUCCAGGCAAGAGGAAGAAGAAAAAGGAGAAGGAAAAAGAGGAGAGGAAAAGGUGGCGAGAAAUAAAGGGAGGAGAGAAGCCUAAGGAAAAGAGAAAAGUCCUUUUUCAACAUCACAUUCCUGUGUUUUCCCUCAGCCUGGAAAACAUAUUAAUCCCAGGGCUUUUACGCUCGGAAACAAAAGGACGAAGCCAGACUGUGGGGGAAAGGGUGAUAAGAAUCCUGGAACUGGAAAGAGAGAAAGAGCAAGAUUCAGAAAGAGCUGGGGCUCCACUUUAAGGGGAGUCCAGUGCUGUCGGCUGUGGGGACUGGCACACACAGACACAAGAAGCCCCAGCAGAAGCGGCAGACACAUGGAGAUGCAAAGACUUAAAAGGACAGCUCCUUUCACCGCAUCCUACUUGUCAAGAAGGUAAAAAGGCACAGCCAGAAAGAAAAGAAGACAGCUCAGCCGUCAGGUCCGGACAGGCGGUGGUCUGUGUGCGGCUUUGGGAGCUGGAGCUGCAGCACACCCCUUUGUAUCAGCCAGCCUCUCAAAGGAGAAGAGAGUUCGGAGGAAAAGUAUUUCAUCUAGGAACUGUCCUGGGAGCACACUUCAGAUUGCUUUUUAAACCCUCCACAUUCCAUCUCCAUGAGCCACCAUUGGAUUGCACAAUGAUAUGGAGAAUGGGACCCAGUUUUACCAUGCUGUUGGCAUUGUGGCUGGUGUGCGGAUCAGAGCCCCACUUGCAGGCCAGGAAUAGAGUGAGCCAUGGAGGGCGGAAAGCGCCUCUGGUUUCCCCCACCAACAGAAGGCCAGCUCGGUUACUGAGGCACACAGGGAGGUCUCAGGGAAUUGACAGAACCACUCUGGGAGAACCAAACCUUCAGUCUCUCCAAAGAAGGAGGAGCAUACCGGUGUUGAGAGUGGCUCACGCAACGGCACUGCCAGCCUCGCUGGGCAUCAGUGGGGCCCCGGUGAGAACUGAGCAGAGACCAGCAGCCCAGAGCUCUCCCCGUCAGAUGGUCCGAGAUGAGGGGUCCUCGGGUCGGUCAAGAAUGUUGCGCUUCCCGUCUGGGUCCAGCUCUCCCAACAUCCUUGCCAGCUUUGCAGGGAAGAACAGGGUGUGGGUCAUCUCGGCCCCUCACGCCUCGGAAGGCUACUACCGCCUCAUGAUGAGCCUCCUGAAGGACGACGUGUAUUGUGAGCUGGCGGAGAGGCACAUCCAGCAGAUCGUGCUGUUCCACCAGGAAGGAGAAGAAGGCGGCAAAGUGCGGAGGAUCACCAGCGAAGGCCGGGUCCUAGAGCAGCCCCUGGACCCCAGCCUCAUCCCAAAGCUCAUGAGUUUCUUGAAGCUGGAGAAGGGCAAGUUCAGCAUGGUGCUCCUGAAGAAGACACUGCAGGUGGAAGAGCGCUACCCUUACCCCGUCAGGCUGGAGGCCAUGUACGAGAUCAUCGACCAGGGCCCCAUCCGCAGGAUAGAGAAGAUCAGGCAGAAGGGUUUUGUGCAAAAAUGUAAGGCCUCUGGGGUGGAGGGCCAGGUGGUGCAGGAGGGGAACAAUGGUGGAGAGGCAGGAAGACCAGGCCUGAGCAGUGAGAAGAGGAAAGAAGAGCAGAGGAGAGCACAAAUGCCACCAACCAGAGAAAGCCGGCUGAAGGUGCUGAGAAAACCGGCCACCCCGACGGGGGCCCCUCCCCCACCUCCUCCAACCCCACGGGCCACCACCCUGCCUCCUGCUCCAGUCACAACAGUGACUCGGGCCACCUCUCGGGUGGUGACCAUAGCUGCAAGACCUACAACCACCACGGCCUUUCCAACCACCCAGAGGCCCUGGACCCCCCGGGCCCACCCUUCCGACCACCCCCAUAGGUCCCCUGCAACAGCCGAAGUGACCACUGCCAGGGGGUCCGUGGCCUCAGAGAAUCUCUACCCUCCACCCAGGAAGGAGCAGCCUAAGGAAAAGCCGCAGACCACCAGGAAGCCCAGCAAAGCCACCAGCUUCGAGAGCUUCACGGCUGCCCCUCCCACCACCAUCUCCGAGCCCAGCACCCGGCCCGGCGCGGGCCGUUUCCGGGACAACCGCACAGACAAGCGGGAGCAUGGCCACCGGGACCCAAAUGUGGUGCCAGGUCCUCACAAGCCAGCAAAGGGGAAACCUCCCAAAAAGAAAACCCAGGACAAAAUUCUUAGUAAUGAGUAUGAGGAUAAGUAUGACCUCAGCCGGCCGACGGCGUCUCAGCUGGAGGAGGAGUUGCAGGUGGGGAACCUACCCCCAAAAAAAGCAAAGGAGUCCAAAAAGCAUGAAAAGCUUGAGAAACCCGAGAAGGAGAAGAAAAAAAAAGUGAAGAGUGAGAAAGCAGACAAGUUACUCAAGAGUGAAAAACAAGUGAAGAAGGACAAGGCUGAGAAGAAGAGCAGACAGGAGAAAGAGAAGAACAAGAAAAAAAAGGCAGGGAGGACAGAGCAGGAUGGGCAACUGAAACCCACCAAACAUUUCACUCAGAGUCCCAGGAAGCCUGUGACUGACCUGCUGGGGCCCUUUGAAGGCAAACGAAGGCUCCUGCUGAUCACGGCUCCCAAGGCUGAGAACAACAUGUAUGUACAGCAGCGAGAUGAGUAUCUGGAAAGCUUCUGCAAGAUGGCCACGAGGAAAAUCUCCGUGAUCACCAUCUUUGGUCCUGUCAACAACAGCACCAUGAAAAUCGACCACUUCCAGUUAGACAACGAGAAACCCAUGCGCGUGGUGGAUGAUGAGGACUUGGUAGACCAGCAUCUCAUCAGCGAACUGAGGAAGGAGUAUGGAAUGACCUACAAUGACUUCUUCAUGGUGCUCACGGAUGUGGACCUAAGGGUCAAGCAAUAUUAUGAGGUGCCUAUAGCCAUGAAGUCCGUGUUUGAUUUGAUUGAUACUUUCCAGUCCCGAAUCAAAGACAUGGAAAAGCAGAAGAAGGAGGGCAUUGUUUGCAAGGAAGAUAAGAAGCAGUCACUGGAGAACUUCCUAUCCAGGUUCCGAUGGAGGAGGCGGUUGCUGGUGAUCUCCGCUCCUAAUGAUGAAGACUGGGCCUAUUCACAGCAGCUCUCUGCCCUCAGUGGUCAGGCAUGCAAUUUUGGUCUGCGCCACAUAACCAUACUGAAGCUUUUAGGUGUCGGAGAGGAAGUAGGGGGAGUUUUAGAACUGUUCCCGAUUAAUGGGAGCUCUGUUGUGGAGCGAGAAGACGUACCAGCCCAUUUGGUGAAAGACAUACGUAACUAUUUUCAAGUGAGCCCAGAGUACUUCUCCAUGCUUCUAGUUGGAAAAGAUGGAAAUGUGAAAUCCUGGUAUCCUUCUCCAAUGUGGUCCAUGGUGAUUGUGUACGAUUUAAUUGAUUCAAUGCAACUCCGGAGGCAAGAAAUGGCCAUUCAGCAGUCACUGGGAAUGCGCUGCCCAGAAGAUGAGUAUGCAGGCUAUGGUUACCAUAGUUACCAUCAAGGAUACCAGGAUGGUUACCAGGAUGACUACCGUCAUCAUGAGAGUUACCACCAUGGAUACCCUUACUGAACAGAAACAUGUAACCUUAGCCCCAGCCAAUUUUCCUUGCAGCUGUUAAAGCCACAUGUGGCCAGCUAUGUAAAGGAAAGUUCUUCCACACUGCCUACAUUCCCUGCCUUUUUCUUUCAGUGUUCUUCCAAGAUGAAAUAAAUAGCAAACUUUUGCCUAUUGA